AUGGGCGACGACCUGGACUACUGGGAGUCUUACAAAGAUUCCGACGACGAUGUUAAUGCUUCUGAAAAUGAUAAUAAUCUAGACGAAUUAUCAGACCGAUUAAAAUCCCAGAAGUUAAGUGAAGAUUCUGAUCUUCAUUUUACUAACGAUUUAUUUGCCGGCUAUAGCAAGGUUAAGGAAGAAUCAUCGGAUAACUUAUUCUCAUCCAAUCUAAAGCAGAUAGGUAAUUUUCAACGGUUUAUUUACACAUAUUUAGCACUUGCUGAUCCUUAUUCUCAAAUUGAGCUCAAAUGUUUAAAAGACUGUGAAACUCUUUCUAAAAAACUUUCACAAAAAAUUGAAACCAGCCCAGCCAAAAGUGCAGUUUGGCUUCAGUUUUUGGACAUUCUUUUGCAAUCUUGCGAAAAGAAGAUGGAACUCAAGGACUUACAAACUUUAAAACGCAAAGUUGAGAACUUUAUCAAGAAUAAAGAAAACGCUCAUCGGGACAAAUCUCUGAAUAAAAAGAAGCCCAAUGACGUUGGAACAAGUAAAAACUACCAGGACGAGCUGGACAUGCUUUACGGCGAACUUAGCGACACUGACGAAGUUAGUUUUUUUAUGGUACAAAAUUAA